AAACUCUGCCGUCGUUUAGAGCGUUUGGACUGAAGAGGUGUAGAUUGGAGGAGUCAGAGACGAAUCGCUGGAACCCUAAUUUUCUGUUCAGUAGUUAAUUGAAAGAGUGGAAGCUUUUCUCGUUUCAUUUACAGACGUCGCCGGAACCCUAAUUUUCGCAAAAUGGGGAAGAAACAGCAUAGCAAAGAUCGAAUGUUCAUCACCAAGACCGAGUGGGCAACCGAGUGGGGCGGCGCCAAGUCCAAAGAUGCCCGCACCCCUUUCAAACGCCUCCCUUUCUAUUGCUGCGCUCUCACAUUUACGCCAUUCGAAGACGCGGUGUGCACCGAAGAUGGCAGCCUUUUCGACGUAUUGAACAUCAUCCCAUACAUCAGGAAGUACGGCAAACAUCCAGUUACAGGAGCUCCACUCAGGCAAGAGGAUCUUAUACCCCUUGUUUUUCACAAGAAUUCUGAAGGUGAGUAUCAUUGUCCGGUUUUGAAUAAAGUAUUCACUGAAUUCACACACAUUGUUGCUGUGAAGACCACAGGAAAUGUGUUCUGCUAUGAGGCAAUCAAAGAAUUAAAUAUCAAAACCAAAAAUUGGAAGGAACUUCUCACUGAUGAACCUUUCAGUAAGGAAGAUCUUAUAACUAUUCAGAAUCCUCAUGCUCUUGACAGCAAGGUUCUCGUUGAAUUUGAUCAUGUUAAGAAUAGUUACAAAAUUGAUGAUGAAGAAAUAGAGAAAAUGAAAUCAGAUCCAACCUAUAACAUAAAUCUUUCUGGGGAUAUCAAGGAGAUGCUGAAGGAACUUGGAACUGAGAAAGCAAAAGAAAUUGCGUUGCAUGGGGGAGGUGGAGACAAGGCACAAAAUGAAAGGGCUGCUGCUCUUACUGCCAUAUUAGAUGCAAGGUCAAGAAUCAAAGAGGAUAAUGGAGAGGCUAAAGCUACACAAUCUUACAGUAUUGUAGAUGCUGCCUCUGCUUCAGUACAUGGAAGGAGUGCUGCAGCUGCAAAAGCCACAUCAGCUGACAAAACUGCUGCUCGUAUUGCUAUGCACAUGGCUGGUGAAAGGGCCCCAGUAAAUGCAAAAUUGGUUAAGAGCAAGUACACCACUGGUGCUGCUUCAAGGUCAUUCACUUCAACUUCUUAUGAUCCUGUUACAAAGAAUGAGUUUGAGUAUGUUUUAGCUGAGAAAAAUCCCAAGAAGAAAGGUUAUGUUCAGCUGCAUACUACACAUGGUGAUUUAAAUAUUGAGCUGCACUGUGAUUUAACUCCCAGGACAUGUGAGAACUUCAUUACCCUUUGCGAACGUGGCUAUUACAAUGGAGUAGCUUUUCAUAGAAACAUAAGGAAUUUUAUGAUUCAAGGUGGUGAUCCUACUGGUACUGGGAGAGGAGGCGAAUCAAUAUGGGGAAAACCUUUCAAGGAUGAAGUAGACUCCCAGUUGCUUCACUCUGGGAGGGGAGUUGUUAGCAUGGCAAACAGUGGGCCCCACACAAAUGGUUCACAGUUUUUCAUUUUGUACAAGUCUGCAAAUCAUUUAAACUUCAAGCAUACAGUUUUUGGUAAAGUGGUUGGUGGUUUGACUACCCUUUCAGUAUUGGAAAAGGUCCCAGUUGAUGAUGAUGACCGGCCAAUGGAAGAAAUUAAGAUAACUAGUGUAACAAUAUUCGUCAAUCCGUACACAGAACCCGAUGAAGAAGAAGAGCAAGGGAAAAAUAAAGAUGAGAAGAAUCCUGAGGAUGAAGAAAAUGACAAGGUUGGCUCAUGGUAUAGCAAUCCAGGAACAGGAGCAACAGAAUCUGCAGCCCCAGGUGGUGGUGUUGGAAAGUACUUGAAGGCAAGGAUUGCAAAGGCUGAUUCUGCUGUGGUUGCUGACCCUGGUCCACAGAGAACCGUAGUAGCAAAGAAAAGGAAAUUAGGUGUCCCAGUGGGAGAAUUUAAAGAUUUUUCGGCCUGGUAAGGUUUUUGAUGUUAUGUGCCAUACUUUGUUGUAUGGAGGCUAGCCAGCAGUGUACCAUGUGUGUUACAAGUUAGAGAAAAAGAGAAUGAUGAAGAAAGAGAGAUUUGGAUUCCUUUAGUAAUGAAUUGUAAGUGUAGGUUACACAAUACAGUACCUCCAAUCUAAAUCUUUCUAGACUUGCUUUUGAUGAAAUACAGUUCUUGUUCUUUUAU